CGCCCACGCGCCCAAAAAACAGAGUCACAGGAGUUGUGCGGAGUCACACGAACACGGUCGGGUUCUCUUCUCUGUCACUUUGCCUACCCGCUAAGAAAAAUCGAUCCUUUCUUCUCUUUCAUACGCUUCUCUUCAUUCAUUGUCUUCUUGCUGAAAUCACGAACGGUGGUUGAACAUUCAAACAACAACCCAUACCUCGGUUUUAUGUGUGGGUAUGUCCUCAUCAUUAAUUUCACUCAUUCACUUCAACAAAACACAAUUCCUACAAUGUACUGCUAUCUGCUUCCGCGUGCUUCUUACUCAAGUCCUUAUCUUUCUUGCCUUCUUCCUCGAUCUCCACCUUCACCUCUGGAUUUUGCUUCGUGGGGGAGGGGGUAACGUUGGACAGGUCGUGAGUUAAAUUGAGAACAACCACUUCUUGUUAUGCUUUGCUGUAGAUUUGGUCGUUAUAUUUGAAUUUCACCCUGUAUAAUUACAUCUUGCAAUAGGUUGUGGAGUAGUACGCAUUGUUUUGUGUUACAAUAAGUUUAAGCUUUUCUUGGAAUUUUCGUAGUUUGGGGAUAGAUACCAGUUUUAUCUUUGCUUAGUGAUUCUCCAAGAUGUCGAAAUUUGAGGGUGUUAUUGUCUCCGAUCAAUUGCUUCAAGGCCAGUUCACGCAGGUUGAGCUUCGCAGCCUCAAAUCAAAAUUUGUCUCUUUAAAGAAUCAGAAUGGCAAAGUUACAUUUGGAGAUUUGCCACCUUUAAUGGUGAAGCUAAACGCAUUCAGAGACAUGUACAAGGAGGAUGAGAUUAGGGGGAUCUUGGGUGAAUCAGGGACUGACAUUACCAAUGAAAUUGAUUUUGAAGCCUUCUUAAAGGCAUAUUUGAAUUUGCGAACCCAAGCUACAGCAAAACAAGGUGGUAGGAGGCACUCCUCAUCAUUCCUCAAGGAUUCCAUAACCACCCUUCUUCACACAAUCAGUGAAUCAGAAAAAGCCUGCUAUGUUGCCCACAUAAACAGCUACCUUGGUGAUGAUCCAUUUUUGAAGCAUUAUCUUCCAUUGGACCCACCUACAAAUGAUAUUUUUGAUCUUGCAAAAGAUGGCAUUCUUCUGUGUAAGCUUAUCAAUGUUGCUGUGCCUGGGACCAUAGAUGAGCGAGCCAUCAAUGCCAAACGAAAACUUAGUCUUUGGGAGGUAAAUGAGAACCAUACGCUAUGCCUCAAUUCCGCCAAGGCUAUUGGCUGCACGGUGGUUAACAUUGGCACACAGGACUUAGUUGAAGGAAGACCUCAUCUUGUUCUAGGGUUGAUUUCCCAAAUCAUAAAGAUUCAGCUGCUGGCAGAUCUCAAUCUUAAGAAGACACCUCAGCUUGUGGAAUUGGUUGAUGACAGCGAGGAGAUUGAAGAGCUUCUUAAUUUAUCUCCUGAAAAGGUUCUGCUAAAAUGGAUGAAUUUUCAUCUCCAGAGAGCAGGUUAUGAGAAAACUGUCAGAAAUUUUUCUUCUGAUGUUAAGGAUGGAGAGGCUUAUGCUUAUCUGCUUAAUGUCCUUGCUCCUGAACAUUGCAGUCCAGCCACCUUGGAUACCAAGAAUGCCAAUGAAAGGGCGAAUCUGGUUCUUGAUCAUGCAGAGAGAAUGGGCUGCAAAAGAUACUUGUCCCCAAGGGAUGUUGUGGAGGGUACUUCAAAUUUGAAUCUUGCAUUUGUUGCACAAUUGUUUCAUCACAGGAGUGGUCUAUCGACAGAUACUAAAAAGAUGUCCUAUGCUGAGAUGAUCACCGAUGAUGUGCAAACAUCUAGAGAAGAGAGAUGCUUUCGACUGUGGAUCAAUAGUCUUGGAAUUUCUACGCAUGUAAAUAAUCUAUUUGAGGAUGUCAGAAAUGGAUGGAUACUUUUAGAAGUGCUAGACAAGAUUUUUCCAGGAACAGUUAACUGGAAACAGGCAACAAGACCUCCAAUUAGAAUGCCAUUCAGAAAAGUAGAAAACUGCAAUCAGGUCAUAGAAAUUGCUACAGAACUGAGAUUCUCACUUGUCAAUGUAGCUGGCAAUGACAUUGUGCAAGGAAAUAAGAAGCUUAUUCUUGCUUUGUUGUGGCAGCUGAUGAGAUUCACAAUGCUUCAGCUGUUGAAAAAUUUGAGAUCUCAUUCCCAAGGAAAGGAGAUCAGUGAUGUUGAUAUCCUGAAAUGGGCAAACAGAAAAGUGAAGAGCAUUGGCAGAACUUCUCACAUAGAGAGCUUCAAGGAUAAGAGCUUGUCAAGUGGACUCUUUUUCCUUGAGCUUCUGAGUGCUGUUGAGCCUAGGGUUGUCAAUUGGAACCUUGUCACCAAGGGUGGAAGUGAUGAUGAGAAAAGGUUGAAUGCUACGUAUAUAAUCAGUGUUGCACGAAAGCUUGGUUGUUCCAUCUUUUUGUUACCUGAGGAUAUAAUGGAGGUUAAUCAGAAGAUGAUUCUCACUCUAACAGCCAGUAUAAUGUAUUGGAGCCUGGAACAACAGCCUGAAGAAACAGAUUCAUUUCCUUCACCUGCUGGCACUGCAACUACCACCACGCCAGAAGCAUCGCCGGUACCUUCGGUAUGUGGUGAAGAUGAAAGUUCCUCCUUUGGUGGUGAAUUCUCCAACUUGAGUGUUGAUGAUGCUGACGACAACUCAGACUCCACAGCCUCUUCUUCACAACCUGAGUCUGAUGUCGCUUCUGGGGGAGAUUCGUUGUUAUGAGACAUCUAAUUUGCAUGAAGAUGAGAAAUGUUUUUGUUAGAAGUGAGAAUAUAAUAACAUUGCAAAGCUCCACCACAGUCUCAAACCUUAAAAGGAAGUUUCGGAUGUAAACAAACCUACAGAAUAUUAGAUGUGAAUAGUUUGUACAAAAAUAUUUGUUCUUUGGAGAGGGAUCAGAAUGAAUAAAAUUUGGAGGGGAAGAAAAAAUUGUAAGUGAUCAAUUCAUUGCAUUUUAAGUAGGUUCCACUAUUGUAUUUGUAUUUUGUCAUUCAUUUUAUGAUGGCAACCAACAAUGAUGAUCAUUUAUCGUGCCAGAUAAACAUAAAAGAAUUUUUUGUUUUGAUAAGCAUAUAAAUAUUGUAAGGGUUAAAAAGCUGAUAAAAGCAGUGGAAAAGAUGAAAUGCUGUUUGAAUGUCU